GUUAAAUAUGCACUUGAUGAAAUUUGGAGAAAAACAUGCCUGGAGCUGGAGCGGUACCUGCAGACUGAACCGCGGAGGAUCUCCGAGACCUUCGGCGAGGACCUGGACUGCUUCCUGCACACCUCCUCAGCCCCCGAGGCAGAGGACGGUCUCCGACGGCUGGACCCCAUCCUUCUACCAGUGGAGACGAGUCCCUGUGACAAAGCCAACAUGGACAUUAUCCUCUCGCGGGACAAGCUGCUGUCCGAGACGUGCCUCAGCCUGCAGCCCACCAGCUCUUCCACAGAGGGCUACACAGCCGUCAACCAGGCCCAGCUCAAUGCAGUGACCUCACUCACCCCCCCUUCCUCCCCAGAGCUCAGCCGCCACCUCGUGAAAACCUCACAGACUCUCUCAGCGGUGGAUGGCACCGUCACGUUGAAACUGGUGGCCAAGAAAACUUCACUCAGCUCUGUGAAAGUGGGUGUCGCAACAGCGACGGCGGGGACGAUAAAAGGCGGGCAGAGUGACAGUGAACAAGGAGGUUCAGGGGCAGAGGCAUCCCCAGAGAACAAGAAGAGGGUUCAUCGCUGUCAGUUUAAUGGGUGCCGGAAGGUUUAUACUAAGAGCUCCCACUUAAAGGCUCACCAGAGGACUCAUACAGGUGAGAAGCCUUACAAGUGCUCGUGGGAAGGGUGCGAGUGGCGUUUUGCACGGAGCGACGAGCUCACGAGGCAUUACAGAAAGCACACGGGGGCAAAGCCCUUUAAAUGCAACCAUUGUGACAGGUGUUUUUCCAGGUCCGAUCACCUCGCCCUCCACAUGAAGAGACAUAUCUAA